AUGGAUGGCACUGGGAUUACUACUAUAGUUCAGUCAAAUCUCGGUUAUCCUUCUGGUUUGGCUCUUGAUAUUGCGCGACAGCAGCUUUAUUGGACUGACAAAACUCGCCAUAUUAUUGAAACGGCAACAUCGCAAGGACACAGUAGACGAACAAUAAUAACUUCCAAUGUUACAUACCCUACUGCCAUAGCUGUGUUUAAGGAUAGCAUUUAUUGGGCGGAUUCAGAAUUAAAGAAAAUUUUCCAAGCAAAUAAUAACGGAGGAAAUGUGAAAGUUAUUGCUAGUUCUUUGACUUACUUAACCGAUGUUAAGGCUUUUCGGCAAGCUUCUCAAACAGGGACUAAUGGUUGUGCUAACAACAACGGUGGAUGUUCCCACUUAUGUGCACCGUUACCAAAUAAUGGUCACGUAUGUCUGUGUCCUGACAACGCUAAAACUAUAACUAGUAAUGGUAAAAUGACUUGCGUAUGUGAAAGCGGAGAAGUCUUGCAACCUGGUGGAUUCUGUUCUGCAACUAAUUCAAGUAGCUGCAAAUCUAAUCAAUUUACCUGUAACAAUCACAAAUGUAUACCAAAGUCUUGGCAUUGCGAUCAUGAUAACGAUUGUGGUGAUAAUUCAGACGAAUUAGGGUGUUCUUUCCAAACGUGUGCGUCGUGGCAAUUUACUUGCUCUGAUGGACGUUGCAUAAGUAAUUUCAGGAAGUGCGAUUUUAUAAAGGACUGUCGUGAUGGAUCCGAUGAAUUAAAUUGCGUUCGUCCGAAUUGUACCAGUGAUGAAUUUAGAUGCAAUAAUAAGCGUUGUAUUAGGAAGUCUUACGUUUGCGAUGGAGAUAAUGAUUGCUACGACAAUAGUGAUGAAAAGUAUUGCGUUAGUUCUCAUUCUUGUAAGUCAAGUGAAUUUCGUUGUAAGAAUGGCGCUUGUAUUCCCAAGACAUUUUUUUGCGAUAAAUUUAAUGAUUGUGGAGAUAAUUCGGAUGAACCCAAGAAAUGCACUCCAAAACCAUGUACAAUAAACCAAUUCGUAUGUAAUAAUGGCGAAUGCAUUCCGAAUAUUUGGCGGUGUGACGGAAUCGCGGAUUGUGGGGAUAGCAGUGAUGAAAAGAAUUGCAACACCACCACAACAACAGCAGCUCCUACUACUCAAUCCAGCCAAUGUGGAAGUAACCAGUUUAAAUGCAAAGUUACUAAAUUUUGUAUUCCGUUGUCGUAUGUUUGUGAUGGGGUAGUAGACUGCCAAGGAUUUUUUAUUCCAGAUUCUUCAGAUGAAGCUAAUUGUCCUACAACUCAACCGUCUGGAACGAGUACUCCAUCAUCGUGCGGUUCUAACAGUUUUGCUUGUCUGAGUGGUGGAUGCAUUCCUAAGGCAUCGGUUUGUAAUCAUGUUACAGAUUGUUCCGAUGGUAGUGAUGAACUCGACUGUGGUUUUACAGCUGCACCGACAAAAACCACUAUAAUGCCUACAACACCUACAAACUGUAGUUCCCAGCAAUUCGAUUGCGGUGCAGGUUCACUUCCACGUUGUAUACCAGCUUCAUUCAGAUGCGAUAACGAGCAAGACUGUAGUAAUGACGCGGAUGAGCGUCAUUGCCAAGCAUGCAGUGGUUUUAAGUGCGCCAAUGGCGUCUGCUUAAAAAAGAAUAGUCAAGUAUGCAAUGGCAUCAAUGAAUGUGGUGACAAUUCCGAUGAAAAGCACUGUGCUUCACAUCAAUGUAGCAAUUCUGAAUUUCGUUGCACUAGUGGUCAGUGUAUUGUAAAAAGUGGGCGCUGUGACGGAUUUAACCAGUGCAGUGAUGGAUCGGACGAAAAGUCAUGUGAUAUUGUUUCAUCUUUAGUAGCAGCACCCUUUUCGGCUCAUUCUUUAAGGAUAUCAUGGAAAUAUGUACAGAAUAGUAAAUAUCAAGUAGAUCAUUAUCGUAUCUAUUACAGAAUUUCUGGUCAUAAUCUCGAUGCUAACUAUUGGCCAAGCUACGUAGAUGUGCCAAAGUUUUACCAUUCGAAAAUUAUAUCCAACUUACAGCCACAAACAACUUAUGAUGCAACCGUUACCAUUAUAACGAAAUCGGCUGCAGUGUUACGUAAAGCACCAUUUGUCACUACUUCAACAUAUGCGUCGAAACCGUUACCACCGAAAAAUUUGAAAGCGUUUGUACUUGCUGCCAACAAAAUUAAAGUAACCUGGGAGGCUUCGUCGGCGCCUGGAGUUGUGAUCAAAAAUUAUAAAGUCGCCUAUAGAUUUGGAUUUUUAGAUACAACAAUUACAACCAGAAAUUCCUUUGUUAUCAUCUCGAAUCUUAUACCGUUUACAACAUAUUAUGUCAGGGUUGCUGCUGGUACUUAUGACAACGUUUUUAGUGAUUAUACCAAUGAGUAUGUGGUACAUACUGCGCCAGCUGUGAGAAUUACCAACGGCAAAUACGAAUUUGAAGGUCGUGUGGAAGUCUUUCACAACAAUGAAUGGGGGACGGUCUGCGAUGGCAAUUGGAACAUUAAAGCAGCAACUGUUGUAUGCAAACAACUUGGUUAUUAUGAAGCAGUGCAAGCUGUUUACUUUGGUCAAUUUGGCGGUAGUCAAGGCAAAAUCUGGCUAAAUAAUGUUCAUUGCAGUGGUAGUGAAUCAUCACUAUUGGAUUGCACUCACUCCGGUUGGAGUAAUACAACUUGUACUCAUGCAAACGAUGCUGGUGUUGUUUGUAGUCAAGCCCCAGUGAGACUUGUUGGAGGUCUAUCAUCUGCCGAAGGUCGUGUUGAAAUAAAGCAUAACGGUUUUUGGGGAACAAUAUGCAAUUUUGGUUGGAGAAUAGCUACUUCUAAUGUUGUGUGCCGCAGUCUAGGGUUCCCUGGUGCAAAACCAGUUAAUCUUGUUUUUGGUCAAACUAACAAUUUUGGGCCUGGUAAUGGAACAGUUUGGUUGUCGAAUGUUAGAUGCCAAGGCAAUGAAUCUUUCAUAACCGAAUGUCCGUAUUCGGGUUGGGGUAUUAGUAGCUCAGCUUGUAAUUCGCAUAGAUAUGAUGUUGGCGUUUCUUGUCUGACUAAACCUGUUCGCCUUGUUACUGCCAAUCAAGUCAAUGUCUAUAAACAGGGAACAAUUGAAGUAUCUCAUAAAGGAAAAUGGGGAACAAUUUGUGAUCAUAAAUGGGAUCAGAACGAUGCAGUAGUUAUUUGUAAGCAAUUAGGAUAUACUGGGGCCAUCAGGGUCGCUAAAAUGGCUGAAUUUGGUCAAGGCAAUGGUACGGUUUGGUUAACAGAUGUUCAAUGUAAAGGAAAUGAAUUAAAUUUGCAUCAAUGUCCAAGCUCUGGUUGGGGUAACAACAAAUGCAAACAUACGCAUGAUGCCGGUGUCGUAUGUAGUUAUCCAAUGGUUCGCCUUGUUGGUGGUAAUCAACCCAAUCAGGGUCGAUUGGAAAUAAAUUUUAACGGUGUUUGGGGUACCGUAUGCGAUGAUCGAUUCGAUAUUACUGAUGCAAAUGUUGUAUGUAAACAGCUUGGCUUUAUUGGAGCCGCAGCAGCUCUAGGGAGAGCUCCAUUUGGUCAAGGCAAUGGUCCAAUAUGGCUUGAUGAGGUGCAGUGCAAUGGAACUGAACAAAGUAUAGGAGACUGCGCUCAUAAUAAUUGGAAUGACCAUAACUGUGGACACAACGAAGAUGUUGGUAUCGUUUGUGACACUUCAGAAGUGCGACUAGUUGGUGGUAAUUCAACAAGGGAGGGAAGACUGGAGAUUAUUCACAACGGACGAUGGGGUACAAUCUGCAGCAAUGGCUUUACUAAAGUUGAUGCUGAUGUUGCUUGUCGUGAAUUAGGUUUUAGCCAAGCCGAUUCAGUCACCAGUACCAGUCAUUUCGGUUCUGGAACUGGACCUGUAUGGAUGCAAGGUGUUGCUUGUAAGGGUAGCGAAAAACAUCUGAAGGAAUGCCAUUUUAGCGGUUGGGGAAAUAGCAAUUGUGCACAUACAAACGAUGUUGGAAUCAUCUGUUCUAUUCCACCUGUCCGCUUAGCCGGCGGUAGCAACGGUACCAAUUAUGCUGAAGGAAGAGUAGAAAUCUUUCACCGCCAAAAGUGGGGUACAAUAUGUGACGAUUACUGGGAUCUUAAUGAUGCUAACGUAAUCUGCCGCCAAUUAAAACUUCCACCAGCUUCUGCAGCGCCUAAGAAUGCUUUCUUUGGAGCUGGUACUGGCCCUAUCUGGCUAGAUGAUGUCAAAUGUACCGGUUCUGAGACUUAUAUUAAUCAAUGCAAUACGUCUGCUUGGCAAUCGCAUAACUGUAUCCAUAAAGAAGAUGCUGGUGUUGUUUGUGGAAUGAAACCUACCAUGCCUUUACCGACGGUUAAACCAAUUCAAUGUAGCAGCAAUCAGAAAGUUUUUACCUGUAAACCCAAUGAAUGCAUACCUAUGUUUGGACGAUGUGACGGUAUUUCGCAGUGUAGUAAUGGAGCAGAUGAGAAAAAUUGUUUACGAUUAAAAACAACCACCAAUAAUUACACGGGAAUGGUUGAAAUUAAUCAUCGAGGCCUUUGGGGUACAGUAUGUGAUGACUUCUGGAAUCUUCCGGACGCUAUUGUUCUCUGUCGUCAGUUAGGCUUUAAAGGAGCUCUACAACCUUUGGUUAUGGGUCAAGGUGGCCAAGGAAGCGCAAAUCAACCUAUCUGGUUGGAUAACGUUUUGUGUAAGGGCAAUGAGACCGAUAUAAGAAAUUGUCAACAUAGCCAAUUUGGCGUCCAUAAUUGCGAUCAUACGGAAGAUGCCGGGGUUAUAUGUGCUAGUGGUACUGCCGUACCCGUAACACCUACACCUAGUGGCCCAUGUCAUCAUUGGCAAUUUGCUUGCGAUAAUAAUCAGAAGUGCAUUUGGUUCUUUGAUCUAUGUGAUAAUGUAACUGAUUGUCAGGACGGAUCGGAUGAAGCAAACUGUGGCGGUUCAACUACUGUUCAACCUACAGGAACAACUACAACGGGUCAGUGUGGGCAUGGCCGUUUCAAGUGUCAUAACGGCCAGUGCAUAAAUUCGACAUACGUAUGUAAUAAGCGAGCCGAUUGCGCUGACGGAUCAGACGAAUUGAAUUGCGGUUUCAGCUUGGGUCCAACUCCUUCCCCAGGUUGCUCAGAUACACAAUUUAGGUGUCAAUUCUCUAAAACUUGCAUACCCAAUGAAGCAUUAUGCAAUGGAAUAAACGAUUGUACCGAUGGAUCUGAUGAACACAAUUGCAAACAUCCUCUCUACUUUGUAAGUCAACUGGCAGCUAUCAAGAUUGCAAGUUACCAAGUUACCUUAGGAUGGACGCUAACUAGAACGCCUCAACAAUAUUCGUUCAAGGUUUAUUCAAGGCAAACGCACAGUGGUAAAUCUUGGAAGAUGGAAGGACAAACAUCUAACUUUACCUAUGUCGUCAAAAAUCUCUCUCCUUUUACUCAAUAUUCUUUUACUGUUUCGGUAAUUGAGCCCAAUCGUAAUGGUCUAAAGGCAACACCGAUUUCGAUAAGAACAUUAGCUGGAAAGCCUGGUUCGCCGUUAAACGUUAAAGCUUCAUCAAUUCAUAGCAGUAGCAUUGCUGUUAUUUGGAUGGCACCGAAGCAAUCUAAUGGGAAUAUCCUUUUUUAUGGCGUAAAUAAAUUAAUUACAAUUUUCAUUCAUGGUGGGUCAAUUAUGUCCAAAGUAAUAAAGACUUCUGGUCUGACAAAUCCUAAUGGUCCAGGACUCCGAUAUAUUAUUGAUAACCUGCGAGCCAAUACUAACUAUUACAUUCAGGUCGCUGCAUAUUCUUCAACGCAAGGAUACGGGCCUAAGUCGCCACAAAUUCAAGUGAAAACUUCUGUCUUUGAAGCGCCUAGCCGUUUGAACAUUAGUAUGGAUCCUUCCACACUGAAAGUUGUCGUUACGUGGAAACCAGCAGCAUCAUCAGUUAAAAUCCAGUCCUAUGACUUAACUGUGAGGGCGAACGAUCCUUCAUCUUGUGUACCUAUCAGAUACGUUAUCGUUGAUGCAUCUGUUCACACAGCGAAUAUCAAACACCUAAUCCCGGGUAUGGAGUAUAUUUUUAGUAUAGCGGCGGUAGCAGACGGUGGGCAAAAGUAUUCAGGCAAUUCGGAAAUUUUUGUGUCCAAAGGGGUUAAGCCUAUUCCACGUGAUCUCUCCAUAUCAGCGACAACUAACGCUAUUUAUUUGAAUUGGAAAGAGCCUGUCUUAGCACAAGGAAUGAAAAUACUUAAUUAUUAUGUUCAUGAGAGUGUUUCAGAAAAUUCUGGAUCAAAGGAUUACACGACUACUAAGACAACCUUUUCCCGGCCGUUAACGAAUACAACCUACCUGUAUCGAGUUAGCGCCAACACAAAUUUUGGUUCAGGACCUUGUUCUAAAUUUCUAACAUAUAAUUACUACCCCGUACCAACAGCCGCACCGCAGUCCUUGACAACAAUUUUGGAGAUAUCCUUACCAAUAGCCGCGGUUGCUGUCUUAGUAUUGAUAGGAGCUUGCUAUUACUUCAAUAGUUCCCGUAGAUUAAGAAAUCGAUUGCAAACAUUUGUUGGUAGCCAUUUUAGACGAGAUACUGACGAAGCAACAUUCUUAAUGUCUGGAGAUGAUGACGAUGACGUAUUGAACGAUGACGGCCUUUCUGCAAAUGAUCCGACGAGUGACGACGAUGGAUUAAUAAGAGCUUAG